AUGGUAAAACUCAACAGGUUGGCAUUGAUUGUGGGGAAACUUUUAGUCCGGUGGUUAAACCGGCAACUAUUCGGCCGGCCGGUGCUCAUCCUCUCUUUGUCCAAGAAUUGGCCUAUCCAUCAGUUGGAUGUCAAGAAUGCUUUUCUAUUUGGUACACUCAAGGAGACUGUAUAUAUGCACCAAGCUCUGGGCUUCCGAGAUCCCAAACAUCCGGAUCACGUGUGUUUGUUACGUAAGUCAUUAUAUGACCUUAAACAGGCACCCCGGGCAUGGUACAGGAGGUUUGCAGAUUAUGUCACUUCAUUGGGAUUCACUAACAGUAAGUCUGAUAACUCACUGUUUAUUUAUCAACAAGACGGUCACAUGGCUUAUAUCUUGUUGUAUGUUGAUGACAUUAUUCUCACCGCAUCUACACAUUCUCUUCGCCUCUCUAUUAUGGCACACCUUGCAUCAGAAUUUGCUAUGAAGGAUUUGGGUCCUUUGAAUUACUUUCUUGGCAUUGCAGUGACACGGCAUACAGGUGGACUAUUCCUGUCUCAACGCAAAUAUGCUGAGGAAAUCAUAGAGCGUGCUGGCAUGUCUAGUUGCAAGCCCUCCUCUACUCCCGUUGAUACUAAACCCAAGGUUAGUGCUACUUCGGGGGCUCCUUACAAGGAUCCUACACACUAUCGUAACUUAGCGGGUGCACUUCAGUACCUCACAUUCACCAGGCCAGACAUAUCUUAUGCUGUUCAGCAAGUCUGCUUACAUAUGCAUGCUCCACGAGAUGCCCAUAUGCAGGCUCUUAAGCGUAUUAUUCGGUACAUUCAGGGCACCCUCACUCUUGGGCUACAUCUCUACCCGUCGCCUAUCUCUGACUUGGUUUCCUACACCGACGCGGAUUGGGGCGGCUGCCCAGAUACGCGACGUUCUACGUCGAGCUACUGCGUUUUCUUGGGUGACAAUUUGAUCUCUUGGUCGUCUAAGCGACAACCUAUUCUAUCUAGGUCCAGUGCGGAGGCCGAAUACAGGGGGGUUGCUAAUAUUGUUUCUGAAUCUUGUUGGCUACGAAACCUUCUCUUAGAGCGACAUUGUCCUAUCCGCAAGGCUACACUGGUUUAUUGUGAUAAUGUGAGCGCGAUUUAUCUUUCUGGUAAUCCCGUACAACAUCAACGCACUAAACAUAUUGAGAUGGAUAUUCUAUUUGUGCGAGAGAAGGUUGCCCGAGGCCAGGUACGUGUUCUUCAUGUUCCGUCCCGUCAUCAGAUUGCGGAUAUUAUCACUAAGGGGCUUCCUUUGGUACUCUUUGAAGAUUUUCGGGACAGUCUCAGUGUUCGUACGCCUCCCGCUUCGACUGAGGGGGUGUAA